UGUUGGUAACAAGAAACAUUCAUUACAUCUAUGGCUCAGUUUAGGAUUAUUGAUGCGGGCCCUGUGUUAACUUCUAAGUUUAUUGGUGCGAAAGUAUGGUAGGCCCGUGUGAAAACAGACCUUCUCAAUGGGCUAUGCAUUUUUUUAAAUAGUUUGUGUCUGAAAAAAAUAACUUGUAUAUGAUAAGGAAAGUAUCUUUGUGUAAGAUAAUAGCAUGGCAAUUUGUAUUUUGUUGUUUUUAUCAACGUUUUGAAUUGCCAUUGACAGGGCAAAAGUAUGCUGCAAAUAAUCUGUAUUUGAGUUUGUUAACAGAUCAUCAUUUAUGUGAAAGCCUAAAAUAUUGUGUUUUUUACCAUGCUUUCUUCUUCAUUUGAAACUUUUCCAUUUUUAAUGUUAAAAUCGAGAGAAAGGGGGAGGAUUUUUCUGUCCUAGUGACAUAUUUUUCAAAAAUUAUACGUAAUGAAUUUGGAAAAUUUUACAUCUGUGGAUAGUUUGAUGGCGAAGGAUAUAUUCAAAAGAGGCAAUGAUUACCGAUUUGGUAAUGUCAUAAAUCUCCUAAAAGAUUUUGAAAGAAUCUUCGUCACCUUAUUUAAGGAUGAACAUCCUUACCAUUGUUUCAAUGCCAAAAUGUUUGCCCGAUACCAUCAAAUGCUGACCUAUGAUGCUGAACCUUCCUUGCUCUCGGUGUGAAUAUCAAAACGGAGAUAUUUGAUUUUACUAAUCAGGCAGAUUGAGAACUCACAAUAGAAUGUCGUUAUUACAAAAAUGUUAUUCACAGGUGUUGUGUAAACAAUUCCGUAUUGAUAUAUAAUUGAUGUUAUUCCAAUGUUAUGCAAGUUAUUACAUAAAGCUUAUGCAGCUUUCUUGUUUCUUUUAUUCAUGUAGAAAUUCGAAAUUUUCCUUCAAAAUAACCUUUUAAAAAAUCUUAAGAUCUUUUUACAAUACAACACAGUAACCAAUGACGAUUUUUCUACUUAGUCCAUACAUAGAUGUUUUUUCUGUGAAUGACUCAAAACGCCUUACCUUUGGCACUACAAUUUGAUCAAAACACAUGUAAUUACUAGGGGGAUGCUCUGUCCUUUAAAUACUUCCUUGUGUACAAUACUAGCUUGUUUCUCUUCUAUGUAUUUGUUCUGUAAUCUUUAUAUAGCUUAACUUCCCUUGACAUUGUUUAUACUUUUUAAACUUUGAUAAAUGUGAAUUUGCAACAGAUGUAUGUAUACAGUAAAAUUUUAGAUAAAAACUUAACUGAACUGAACUAAAAUUGAAUUAGCUGCGAAAAAUUUUGCAUUAAUAAUUUCCUGUAAGUUUGAGAACAUUGCAACCCUUGAAAUUUCUUGCAUCUAGGCGUAUUGUUCGAUGUGUUAUUUUCGAUUAUUCCAACAGAAAUAAUCAAAUUGUAUUUCAUAACAGAGUUAUAGUUUGAAAUGUAAAAGCAAUCGACAAAUACUUUAAAGAAUUAAGUCAUGUGUCAAUCAACUAUUGGCCAAUCAAUAAACUUCUGAGUGAUAUUAUGCCGAUUGAUGUUUAUGCCGACUGUUAUCUCCCUUUUCUCUUUAAACUCAACAAAUAACAAGACAAAUAAUUUUAAAGAAGACUUUUUUAGAUGCUUCGUGCUCAUUGAUCAAGCAUUUGCCUGGUCUAGUUUGUUGAGAUUUGAUAUAAUAAAUCCUCCUGUUUGUAACCCUUAGUCAACAGAAUUUGCCAGCGAUGGCUCUUAUCUUUCAUAGCCACAAGCACACUACGCUUAACCUUGCAAUAAGGUAUUUUUAAUUAGCCUGUUAAUGCAUGGAAUUACUGUCACCUUCUCAAUUUGGCCACCAUGAAUCAGUACUAUUGGCAAAUUACAUGAAUCGUACAGGACGUCUUGCCGCAGCCAGUCUUCACUUCACAGCAAACAGGUGCUACAUUUUAUUGGUAGGUGUUACAUGUAUUAUCUCUAGGAGAAUUUACUCUGUUGGGCACAGCUUGGCGCAGUUGGAAGCAACUACUUUCAAGAGAAAUAUCAAAAGGCAAGAGCAAUAUCAGAAGGCAAGAGCAAUAUCAGAAGGCAAGAGCAAUAUCAGAAGGCAAGAGCAAUAUCAGAAGCCAAGAGCAAUAUCAGAAGGCAAGAGCAAUAUCAGAAGGCAAGAGCAAUAUCAGAAGGCAAGAGCAAUAUCAGAAGGCAAGAGCAAUAUCAGAAGGCAAGAGCAAUAUCAGAAGGCAAGAACAAUAUCAGAAGGCAAGAGCAAUAUCAGAAGGCAAGAGCAAUAUCAGAAGGAUGAUUCAAGGUUUGGGAACAUCUUGGAAAAUGAUUUUGUAUUUCUAUCUGCUACUUUGCCUGUCAAUAUUCAUACCAUCUCAAUGCAGAAUUUUGCGACUACCAUGCAAAAUGAUUGCAGAAUUUAAAAUUGUGCAUCGAGGUUAUUGGCUGCAGGGAUCAGUAAUUGCAGAAUUCACGGAGGCUGGACUCCAGGAUUGUUAUGGAUACUGCUUGCAUAAUCCUAGUUGCAAGUCUUUUAAUAUUGAAAAAGACGACUAUGGAACUUGCCAACUGAAUCCAAUGUCCAGCCACGAUGUCCUAGAUAAAAAAACGCUUACUCCUAAUGGAAACUGGAAUUUUCAUUCAACUAAUUUCUCCGAUCGGAAUAUUGGACACAUUUGCAAAAGUCAGAAGCCUUGCAAAGACGACGAAAUCUGCCUGGAUACAUGCAGCUGUCCUGGAUAUCAAUGUUUCAAAUGCGUCGGAAAUAUCAAAGGACUUCACUGCAAUCGAUGUGCAAGUCAACCUUGUCGAAACGGAGGGACAUGUGAAGAAAAGGGUGCCCAAAUUUGCCGUUGUGCAGCUGGAUUUGAGGGGCCCUUCUGCCAACAAAAUGUCAAUGAAUGCAGUAGCAACCCAUGUGUCAAUGGAAAUUGCGUUGACCUGAUUAAUGGAUAUAAAUGUAUAUGCCACGAUGGCUGGACAGGAAGUAGAUGUGACCAAGACAUUGAUGAAUGUGCCAGCAACCCUUGCGAACAUGGAACAUGUCGUAACUUGAACAACGGAUUUCAAUGUGAAUGCCCAUUUCAUAGAACAGGAACAUACUUUCGUAAGUUAACCCAAUCUAUUUUAAUACUUGGUCUUUGAAUUAUUAUGGUUGUAUAAAAGAUGUUCAUAAGCAUAAAUUAAAUGUGAUCUUCUACUUGUCUACUUGCAUUACUGGUCUGUGCGGCUUUGAAAUGUGGAUGUGUCGAAAAAUGCUUAGGAUCUCAUACACAAAUCACACUACAAAUGAAGAGGUGUUAAAACGUGUAAAUGAAAAAGUUCUGUCACUAGAAAAGAACAUAAAAAUGAGAAAGACGCAGUAUUUUGGACAUUUAAUAAGAAAAGAAAAAAUGCUAAAAUCAUUGUUUGAAGGAAAAUGCAAAAAUCAUUGUAUGUGCGAAAAACCAAGGGAAGGUCCCCGAAAAUCGUGGAUGAAGAACAUAAUGGAAUGGACAAUGUUAAACUUUGAGCAGUGCAUAAGAGGAGCUGAAGAUCGUGACUAUUGGAGAGGAGUAACGACGAAUCUUCUUAAUUGAAACAGUCACCGUUUCUGAUGAAAAGACCCCAAACUCAAAUUAGGAUCUCUUCACAAAGAAAUCUCACACAUUAUUUUUUAAAGAAGCACAAGGAAUAAUAAAUGGUGUCUCAUGAAAUUACAUGUUUUAAAACAUUGCCGUUUAGAAAGUUCUACUGUUGUGAAUCAAGAAGCUUCAAAUAGUUUUCAGCUAUCAAUAAAAUAUGUGAGUCCAUGGAAAGGCCUCCUCCAUUGUUUUGCAUCAUCAAGUUUGCAGUUCAACAUUUACUUGCACGCAAAAAAAACUUUUCAGUCGCUAGGUGUACAAGGUUCAGUUUACAGCUGCGAGAAAGGAACAUAAUUGAUUGUAUGUUUAAAAAAGCAUUGACCUGCAGGCGAUAAAAUGUCUGGCAUUCUGUUUAUAUGUACAAGUUGCAUCUGAGAACAUGUUCUUGAAAGUUGUACUCAAGUAUAUGUUGGACAUUGGAUAGUAGCAAAUGCCGGUGUAAUAUGCAUUUUGGUACCCUAUUCAAAAGUGUAACAUUGUGAAGCGCAACGUGUUUCAAAUCAUGUGAUUUCAUCGUAGUGUGAUAUUAUGGCACGUUAUAAUUAACAAAUUGAACACAAUGCUUUUUGAGUUUAACAUCUUGACAAACACAUGAUAUGGAACAUCUUGACAUACAUAGGAAUCCCAUAUAGAAAUAAGCAUAUAUAACUGCUACUAAAUGUUGACGUCAUCAAGAGUGGCAUUAAUGGUCCUAAGCCUCGGAAGAGGCAGUUAAAAAACAUGUUAGAUAUAAUCAAACUCGACCAUUAACCCUCUAGUUUUCAAGCUUUCUCUCGAAAUGGGUCACUCUGGUUCCCUUACGCUUCUUGUGACGUGACAUAAACUUGGAAUACAGAAAUGGUGACAUUUACGAGGGGUAGAUCCCUCUCCAAAAAUGUAAGAAAACCCCUUGUUUCCAAUAGAAACCUCUUUUAUUCUUUAUGCUCUCAAACAAUUAGGACUCCCAAUGAUACUCACACUACUGGUGAAAGAAAACGUAUGUGAAAUCCUUAAAUUUUUAUCAUCAUUGAAAUAUUUUCAACAGUCACACAAUGUCCGAAAUAUGUGACUCUGAUAGAAUGUAAUUUUUUUCACCAUAAUUCAAAUAAUUUGCUUCUUUUUGACUGAAUGCUUUGCCACUUGUGGAAAAAAAUAGAGAAGAUAAAAAGUGAAACAAAGAAAUGAAGUUAAACAUCAGCGUUGAGCAAGUGGAAUUAGAGCUGCUUGUUUUGAAUUUGAAAGACUUACAGUUAAUUUCUUGGAUUGCUUAUUUCACACAUUGUUUGCUUUUUGCGUAUUUUUUCUAACAACAGAAUUUUCUACACAAAAGAAGUCUUGAUACAAAUGCACCUUUAGAAUUAUUUGUAUAAAAAUGUUAUUUACAACCUUCUGCACAAUACUUUAGCUUCUUCCUAAAUUUCUUGCCAAGAGUUUAACUCUCGCUCCAAAAUCAUUUAAUGCUUUCCUUAUUAUUUGCCUUCAAAAUAGUUGUUGGAUUGAAGAUGCAUAAACUUAUGAUUUCAGUGUCGCAAACUGUACGUCAUGUUUACGUAAAAAUAAUACUCAGCUGUGGUUUCUUUGUACAUCGUGUUAAUAAAAGUCACCAUUAAAAAGAAUCGAUUUAGGAAUAUAUACACUAACACGUUAUGUGAACUUAUUAGAAAUCAUGCAUUGCACAGGCAGUUUGGCAGCAAGGGAUAUAUUUAAUGAAUUCAAAACCUUAUUGCUAGCAGCAGAAGUUUCUUUCCUCUCAUUACUAAGGCCAAAUAGAAAUUUUUGAUCCUUUUGAAAAUCGAAGAUGUACACUGAUCAAAGUAGUGUCAGGCAGACAAAAAGGCUGCAAAGCUUAAAGCAGCUGUCUUUUCCAAACUAUAACGCAAAGAUAUGUAAUAGUCUCCAAAUUAGCUUCAAAUGUACCAGCAGUGCUUUUGGCACAUGAGCUAAAGACCAAGGCAUCCACGUAUAGGAUAAACAUGCAGUGAAGAGGAUAACGCAAGAUUGGCGAAAACGCAAAAUUUGGUUCACUUUUACAUUAAUGCACAGUUUGAAAUUUACAGGAGAGCCACAGACCGUUAGAAAAUCUGGCUGGUACUCUGCAAAUUUAUAUUUUGAUCUCUUUAAAUACAGAUGCUAAGUAUUUCUGUUUUUUGUUCAAAAGUUUCUGUUUAUUACCAUCCUAAAACUCUCUGUACAUUUGGUCAAAAAUAUAAUAAAACUGUGACAACCUUUUCAUUGAAAUGGGUAUACUAAAGAAUGGCAAGUUGCUCAGGAAGAAAAGACUAUCAUUAGCUCCAACCACAACUCUAAGGAAAUGUAAAUAAUUAUAUAGGCAUGCAAAAACAAAUGACAGUAAUUAACUGCGAAGGUUUGAAAUUAAUCCUGUUUUCAUUUUUUCUUAAUUUCUUCACCGCAACCUCUUUUGCCAUGCUCGCAAAUGCCUUUCACUUGUUGAGAAAAGAUGCUUAAAGUUGUAAAGCAUUCAAAGACAAAAAAUAUUUGCCCAACCUCAAGUUGGUUCCUCUACAGCCCUAGUCUUACUAAAUUGGCCUUUCAGUCUCAGCACGCUUCCUCCAUAAAGCCGUUGACAAACACAAACCUAUUUUUAUUAUUAGAAUGAUUUUUAUUUGAUACUAGGACAGAAAUAAUUAGUUACACAUAACGUAAAAUUUUACCAAAAGCCAACUUUUUAACAGAGAAAUAAAAAAUCGUUUCAGGCUGGUUUGUUUAAGUUUCUACAAUCAAACUUUGUGCUAUCUGUGUGAAGAAUUCGAAGACUACAAUACAAUUGUCUGCACAUUUAAAAAUUGUGCAUCAAGAGCCACCACCUGCAAUGGUCAGUAUUUGCAGAAAUCAACGAUUAUUGACUCCAGGACUUCCGUGGAACCAGCUUGAAUUAUCCUAACUGCAAUUAUUUUAACAUUGAAAAAGAUGACUUUGGAAUUUCCCAACUAAAGUCAAUAAUCAGCCUCCUUUCUCUAGAUAACACCAAAAUCACAGCUGAAGACAAAUUGAAUUACCAAUCAACGUGAUUUUUAGAUCCAAAAUUGAGUACAAAAAUUAGUUAUUUUAAAGUAAAGAAAAGAAUGUCUUCAAUCAAAUUGAUAAUGCUUCUUUCUUAAUUGAUAAAUCAGAUCAUAUUGGAUAGAGAUAAUUCCUUCACAUCUCUUUCUGCAUCUUUAAAUCAGUUUUGUAAUGGCUAGCGACACUUAUACGCCCUUUACAGUUGUAUUUAGAAAGCAGUCUAGAAUCACCGCAUGACUUUUUUUACUUUUCAUACCAUAUUUAUUCGACUCAACAUUCAUGUUGAUGAAUAGUAUGUUGGCAGAAAGUAGAAGAAGACAUUGAGAGCCGAAUUCAGAUUAAGACUCGCUAUGCACGUGUCAAGAAGAUUUCAAGUCGACCUUUUCAAAUUUUUAUUGCUGACAGCAACCAAAAAACAUGUUGUUAACAAAAGCAGCAACAAUAAGAUCUCUCCGUAAAUUACCAGGUACAAAUGCAACAAUAUUUGGUGCUUGAGCAACAAAAACUGUAAAGCUUCGUGACGACGAAGUCAAUUUUGCUAACCCACAGUGUUAGAAGUUGAAACAGAGUUGAACUCCCAGCGCAAAGUUCAACAAGAACUGCCGUACAAAACUGCUUCUGUCGUACUUGGCAAAAUCUGCCGUACUCAAUUGAUUCAAACAUCACACUUCUCGUGUACUUGAUAAGUUUGGCGCAUUAGAGAUUGACUUUAAAGAGGGCUUUGGAUAACUUGUGCAAGCCUAACUUUUUUCUAUUACUUUUAAAACAGUGUAUGAAAAAAAAGACAACGAACUGUUUAUAUACCAAUUGAUUUUGUUUGAUCCACUAACAAACUUUUUUACGUUUAUUUCUUUUACUUGUCUAUUAUUCGCAUUUAUUCAGUAAACCGCUUUCUGUAUCAUUGCAAUGUAUAUAUUUUGGAUGUAUAAACAUGGCGUUCUCGAGAGAAGAGAGAUGCACAUCUUUGUUCAGGAAAUAGAAUAAUAUUUGUCGCGAGCUUUAUUUCAAGGAAAAAUCGAACUCCACAUCUGAUUUACGCUCACGUAGAUAAAUUAAAUUGCAUAGGCAAUUAAAUUUCAACGUUGUUUUUAUUGCUUAGGAAUUUAUCCGUGAUAAAGAAAAAU